ACGCGCAGCGACUCGUACGAGUACGUGUCGGGCACAGAGCACGUGACUCCACACAGGGACGGCGCCUACUCCAGGAACUCGCGCCACGACACGCCGCCACACUCUCGCGACAACUCGCCGUCCCGCCGGUCACACAGACAUGGAGGAGGCAGCCGGAAGCACGGGUCUCGGUCAGCAUCGAAUGACAGUCUGCUGGAUGCAGCAGAUGAUCCGCACGCAUCACACCUGCCAAACAAGGAUUUCCGCAAGUCGGACCUCAAUCCGCGCCAACUACUACGACCACGAGUCCGACGUCUUCGACAGGGAGCCCUCGCCGGAAGUACGUCGUCCUCGGGGUCAUCGCCGCAACGACAGCUACGGCAAAGAUCCUCAGGGCGGCGGCCAGAGGGUCAAGCGGUCGGGCAGUUCAUCAGACCAGGCCUUUUCGCGUGACGAGUCCCCCAACCGCGUGCGUCACGGCUCGCGCCAGUCCGCGCAGGAAGGACACCGCCUGAAGCGCGAGAACUCUCGAGACAGUGUCCUUGACGACCGCCGCCGCUCCCGGCGCGACGACAGCGACGACAAUCGAGACGAGUCGCCAAGCAGCAGGCACCGCAAACAUGGCCGCCCGUGCCGCCAGAGUUCCCGCGAGGACAUCCUGGACGACCGGAGUAGCAACGCCAGCAGGUUGUCCUCGGGAGACCACCGCAAGCGCCCCAACCAGCUGGGGCUGGACAAGUCCUACGACGACGACAGCAAACACAAGGUGCAGCAGUCCGUGUCCCAACAUUCACUGGCAUCGGCCACCAGCACCGGCACUCUGCCAGACCUGGUAACGGACGCCGGUCUGCAGAACCCGCAGCAGCACACCAAGCAGCAGCAGCAGCAGCAGCAGCAGCAAUACACAGGCACCAAGUCUGGCUACAUCGGUCGAGUCUAUGACAUCGACAACCUGUUGGAAGAGGAGCGCCAUCGUCCUCAGUGCGGCCCCCACAUCCUGGACGCGCCGGUACCCCGAACCUCGCACCACCCCCUCAAACCCUCCCCCGUGCAGUCGCAGGCCCCCAGACCCAACAGCUACGCUUUCGAGAACUCCGAGCAGCGGCCAGCGGGCACGGUGCGACCCUCCAAGUCCCUGGGCGACAAGCUUGUGGACAUCGAGGACGACAAGCUCCACCCACACAAGACCCGCUCCACGGCCGCCGCACCCACACCGGCCACGUCGGGUGGACAGCGCAAGAAGGUGCAGCUGUCGCCCACCGCCCAGCAGAUGUGGGCCAUCCUGCAGGCAAAGAAGGGUCUGGUGACCAUCUCGGACUUUCUCGCUCUGUGCGAGAAGCCAUCCAAGCGCAAGCUGAUCCAGGUGGGAGGAGCGGAGGAGGAGGAUCGGUCCUACCAGCCGUUCGGUACCGCCAACGAAAUGCUGGACUACCUCGGGGUGGAUGUGCAGAAGCUUGAAGACUGCGCCCUGCAGAUAUAUCGCUAUCACAGCGGGUCACAGGGGGACUAUGGCUCGUAUCUGGACCUGGAAUCAUCACUUGACGAGCAAGCCGAGGAGCUUGAGGGCUUUACCGACCAACGGAAGAACACAUUGAUUCUACGAACGCAGCUGACGGUCCGUGUUCACGCCAUCAUCGAAAAGCUUCUGAACUCUUCUGGAAAAGAACUAAGAAGGGCACUCUUUUCUCUGAAACAAAUCUUCCAGGAUGAUAAAGACCUUGUCCAUGAGUUUGUCAACAAUGAUGGACUUGACUGCCUCAUUAAAGUUGGGGCUGAGGCAGACCAGAACUACCAGAACUACAUUCUCAGAGCUCUGGGCCAGGUCAUGUUGUAUGUGGAUGGCAUGGAGGGUGUUAUUCGACACAAUGCUACCAUUCAGUGGCUGUACACUCUUCUUGCCUCUAAGGGCCGUCUGGUGGUCAAAACAGCUUUGAAGCUUCUGCUUGUGUUCGUCGAGUACACAGAAACUAAUGCCAUGCAGCUCUUGCGAGCCAUCAACACUGUAGAUGCCCGACGUGGCCUCAGAUCCUGGGCAAAUGUCAUGGCCAUCCUCAGUGAAAAAGAGGGAUCAGACUCUGAGCUACUGGUGUAUGCCAUGACAUUGGUCAACAAGGUGUUGAAUGCUAUCCCUGAACAGGACUCAUUUUACGACGUCACUGAUAGUCUAGAAGAACAAGGCAUGGAGCGCAUCACGCGCAAGCACAUGGAACGCCAGGGAGCUGACCUGGACCUCCUCACACAGCUACAAAUUUAUGAAAGUGCGCUUAAGCAUGAAGAUGGAGAAGACUCUUCAGAAAUCCCGCAGCUUGAAAAUCUCAGGAGAGAGCCAAGACUGAAGAGUGAAGGUGAAGGCAGGAAGAGUAAGCGUCAUGUGCCCCUUCAGAAAGCAGUCCUAACACCUAACACCCCCAUCCUACCCCCAGAGGAGUCGCCAGCAGAUAUGUUCAAACGCCGACGACAGAAACAGAUGGAGACAGGGAAUUUCAGAACUCCUGAACAGCAAGACACAGAACCUCAUGUCCCUCACAAAAGACACCCAGUUCCAGCAGAAAUGCAACAAAAUGGGUCUCCAUCGUCAAAUCAUGGCAUGCGAGACAGACGGGAAAGGCGACACCGGCAUUGCUCGCUCAUCAAAGAACAAGAACUUGCGAGUGAAUUAUAUCUGCAACUGGAUGCAGACGCUGCAGCUGAGAACUGUUCCAUUACUUCCACUUCUUCCUCUCCGUGUGGUACCCUUAGUAGUGCUAGCCCUGACCCUCAGCAGUCGAGGUUGUUUUCACCUACACAGCGCAUAGCCCCCUCCUCUUCUCUCAGUUCUCAGAGUGACUUUGAGUUCUCAGAGGGUUUCGGUCAGGGGAAGGGUGUUGCACAAUAUAAUGAGUCUGGGUACCACAGUUUCGCAGAAGCUUCUCUAGACCCCAGCUCUUUUGAAGCACGCAACAAUGCACUUAAUGACCAGCACAGCCCCACAACAGGUUCCCAUGCAGAUGAUGAUGGCUCUGCCAUGUCAAGCAACCAACGGUGGGCACAGUACAAACGCCAGCAACAUCAGCAACAGGCAGGACUACACCAGGGUCGAGCAGAAGAGGUUUUUGAACCACCACCCCUUCAGAACCAGUGGGAACAGCCUGUAGCAGUUCCAGAAAUGCCCCAGCGAAGGGAUCAGUAUAUUGAAGAAGUUAGCAGCAAGCAGGAACCAGGAAGAAGACAACCGCAGAAGGAGUGGCUGAACAACGAGGGAUCAGUGCAGGAGGCACGAAAUCGAUUUACAACUAAGGAUGACAAAGGGAGAGUACCCAUACAGAUGGUUCGCCCAGCAGGUGAUGCCAGUGGUAUUAUCAAUGCAGCUAAGGAGGGAUUGAGUCGCUCCAGUAAACCAGAAGCAUCACGGGAACUGCCACCACCGCCACCACUAGAAUCAGAGAAGAAAACAGAGAGCGACAUGCAGUGGGAGCGCAUUCAGCGUCGCCUAAAGCGCUCCCUUAAAAUCAAGGACAUGGAUUUCACAGACUUGAAAGAAGAGGAAGACCAGGAUGUGUUUUCUCCACCAAAACUUACUUGUGAAAUGACAGGCAUGCUAGGUGACUUGCCUCCACCGCCACCACCUCCUGGCAUGGCAGGACUGCCACCACCACCUCCACCUCCUGGCAUGGCAGGACUGCCACCACCACCUCCUGCCAUUGGUCUCUUCCCUCCACCACCCCCUUCAUCAGGCAUGACUGCCUGCUCCCCAUCUUCCAAUCUGCCGCCUCCUCUUGGAGCUAAUUUGCCUAAAAAGAAGAAGACUGUGAAAUUGCACUGGCGACCCUUACAGACAGUAGAGUCUCCCCACCCAGCCACCAAAGGUGAUGUUGUGUGGAAGGAUCUCCUCCCUUUCAAGAUUGAUGUGGAGAAAAUGGAACAUCUCUUUGAGAACCGCACCAAUGAGGUCAAAGCCAAGGAAAUGAAACAAGAUGCCAGUGGCAAGAAGGAGAUCACGGUGUUGGAUACCAAACGGUCAAAUGCCAUAAACAUUGGUCUCACAGUGCUACCCCCUCCACGAACAAUCAAGUCUGCAAUCCUUAAGAUGGACACAUCAAUCAUGAACAAGGAGGGCAUUGAGAAAAUCCUUCAGACAAUGAUACCAACAGAAGAAGAAAAAACUAAGAUCCUUGAGGCUCAGAUGGCAAAUCCUGACAUCCCACUUGGUACAGCAGAACAGUUCCUUCUGACACUCAGCUCCGUCUUUGAACUGGAGGCUCGUCUCCAUCUGUGGCUCUUUAAACUAGAUUAUGAGACUUUGGAGCAGGAGGUUGCUGAGCCUCUGAUGGACCUGAAGAAGGGUAUAGAAAUUUUGUUAUCCAGUAAGACCUUCAAGUGCAUAUUGUCAGCUGUGCUAGCCAUUGGCAACUUUCUGAAUGGGGCUUCAGCAAGAGCAUUCAGCAUUGAGUUUUUGCAACGUGUACCAGAAGUCAAGGACACAGUUCACAAGCAUUCAUUGCUAUAUCACAUGUGUAACAUGAUUCUGGAGCAGUUCCCCGACACAUCUGACUUUUAUUCCGAUAUUGGUUCGAUAACUCGGUGUUCAAGGAUUGACUGGGAAGAGCUGAUGCGCAAACUGGACAAAAUGGAGUAUGACUGCAAAGCAUCAUGGGACCACUUGCGUGCCAUUCUGAAGCAUGAUGGCAGCUCUACAGAUCUGAAAGGAAAAAUGUCCUUGUUUCUGGCUGAUGCAGCUGAAAGAAUUAUGCUCCUGCAGAUAAUAUACAGGCGUAUUAUUAACAGAUAUCACAAACUUCUGCUGUACAUGGGACUUCCUGUGCAUGAAGCCAAGGAAAUGCGAAUCAACCAUUUCUGCAAGGUGAUCAGUGAGUUUGCCUUGGAAUAUCGCACGACCCGUGAUAAGGUUCUCCACAUGAUGGAGAAGAAAGCCAACCAACGGGAGCGGAAAAAGACUCGAGGCAAAAUGAUUGUAGAGACUGAGAACUUUGCUAAGUCUGGAGCAAAGGAUGAUGACCAACUUCACAACUUGUUGAAGAAUGGCUAUGCCAGCGCAGAUGAGCGAGGAUUUCCUGGUCAGAAGAGCAGGCGCAAGCUAGAUGCCAGGUCCUUGGGAUCAUCUCGAGGUGGGCUGACAACAGAUUCCGAGAUGUAUGACACAGGUGACGAUGAGAUUCUUGAGGCGUGUGUUCGCACUGCAGCUGCACCCAUCAACAAGCCACGUGAGCGCAGACGGUCUCGAAACCAACGCAAGUCUUCAUUUUGGGAUAGUGAUAACUAGCUGUGAACAGUCUUUAUUCAGAUACUUGAAGUUAAACUUCAUUUAAAUGUACGGCGUACCCUGAAAAGUGGUCUAGAACCAGAUGAAGUGACAGUGACAAAAGCUUAUACAGAUCAUGUAUGACAGAUGUGUGAAAGGAAAGAAAGCAACUGUUGGUCAAGUCCUUGAUUGGCAGUGUUAGCUGCUGUGCAAGGACCACGACUGGCUAUCACAGCACCCUUGUGCCAUGUGUUUACGUCUUUCAUAAUUGCUGCUCUCUGAAACUGCUACAUUGAGCUGCUAGUUGGGUCACUGUGCUCAGCAAAAACACAUUGGUUUUAAGAUUGUUGGAUUGUAAGCAGACAGAACUAUUGACUGAAUCUGUGGAUAAGAGGUCUAGAUGAUUAGUCUAUUUCUGAAGUCUGUUUAUAAGUCUUCAGCUUACUCAUUAUGUAGUCUUUCGUGAAUUACUGUGGCAUGGAUAAAGUGUGUGAUAAUAAUUUAUCCACUUCAGUUUUGUGUGUGUAUAAUAUGUGCAGUUACUUUGCCAUUUCCAUGCCAGACAGCCUAAUGUCACAUCACUGAAACACAGUUGACAUCAACUGGUAGCUGAAUGGACACCUUUCACAGCUGCUUUUGAUGAUAAAUUAGGCUAAAACGCAUUUUUAUAGAGACUGAAUUCCAUCUACUCUUCUGACAGAAAUUGCAAUUACAAUGCUGGUCAUUGGUGCCUUUUUUUGUGGACCUACAAGCAGAAGCUGAUGCAUUUACCUAAGACUCCAUCCUAUGAUGCAUUUAUACUAUGGUUUUAAUUUGCUGUGAAGUGAUAAAACCUAGGAUGUUGCAACUAUACAUGACCCCCGUAAAUGUCAUCAGUAGUGAAAAGAAGUAAUACUUUUUUGAAUGUAUAGAAAGAUAUUUUGUAUUGCAGUCAUUUUGUAAUCAAAAUUGGACUCACUUUUCAGAUGUGUAAUAAAACUAUAGAGCUAUUUUUUUAAUUGUAGGCUCUAACUUGUAGUGAUGCAAAUUGUCUCUUAAAAGCUUUUUUAAUUUUGGUUUCUUCCUUUAUUUUGAUGUAGUUGGAGUGACUGAAAUAUAAUGGACCAAUGAACAGGGAUUCAGUACGCACACAGUCUGAAGGCUGUGUCAUUCUGUAUUGUACAGUCAGGAUAAGGGGAUAAUCCUGUCAUUCUAUAUUGUACAGAAAGGAGAAUGGGAUUCCCAUUUUUGUAUAUCCUCAUAUAAAGAUCUUGACAGUGCAAUAAUACUUGACAGUUGAAAGCUUUUUUCAAAGCAUGCAUGUUUUCUUCCUAGAUGUCUCAAUGUACAUGUUCUGGCUUUUAAAACUCAAAAAUGCAGCUUGUGCAUAGUAAGGGUGACUUGUAUUUAUGUUUUAUUGAACUAAAUGCUACUUAAUUUAUGCAAGAACGCUGUCAGUGUGCCAUAAUGGCUUUGGCUUGUGUGAUUAUUGAUGCCUUAGCUGUUUUACUUGUGUUUUAGUGUAUCUACAUGAGUAUAUGCCCAUGUUUUAGAAAUGCUGCAGUGUCACCUCCACAACUGAUGCAGACAAAAUUUAAAAUCAACAUGCAAUUUUUUUUCUCCUGUAGACCUUUGUCUAAUUGGCUUUUGAGGAUGGAGAAAAAGUAGGCAGGAGAGAAGGUUAUAAGGAAUAGGUAGGCAUUACCAGCUGCUGAUUUGAAAAUAAUCCUAGAGAAAGUUUGUGGACAUAGAAACCAAUUUUCUUGAGGGAUUCCAUUUCUAUAGUGAAUGCUUACUGCAGGACACAAUGUCAGUGAGAUUGUUAAGGACAAGGUAUGGUCAGCUAUUGUUAUUGUUAACUGACACACUGAUCAGUUUUAAAGAACAGUAGAGAGCACUUAUAUUAAAAAGUCAAUGGCAAGAGUUUGCAUCUUACAUAGUUUCUGCAAAAGUUGGUGGACUGAAGUGCUGUCAGUAAAGCACAAAAGUGCUGGUGCUGCUAAAGCAGUGGUGCAUAGUAUUGUAUUAUGUUAAUCUCUAUAGCAAAACAUUAUGUAAGCUUUCAUUUGCACAUUUCUAAAAUCAAUCAUGACAUGAGCAUAACAAAAGUUUUUAUAUCCAUCCAUGAGCCUUUUGAGUCUGGAAUUUUGUCAUGGUAGACUAAGCUUGGCUUGAAAGUUCCAUUUAUGAAGUGUGUGUCUUUGAAACUAGGUCCCUAAUGUGACUUCAAAGGCUAAAUACACUGUGUAUAGCUACCUACUUACAGUAAACAGCCCUGAAUGGUGAUAUUGUUACUUGUCAUCAACUCAUCCUGUUCUCACCUUUAGAAUGAUCUCAACAGUCAAAUGGAAUGUUUUGUCAUAAUCUUGUAAAUAGCACAUUAUUUUCUCCCAUAGUCCUUUCUUCAGUAUCCUCAUAUGCUUGCUCAUGUCACAAUCAUCAAAAUAAAUUUAUUUUUAAGAGAAAUGUAUCUAGCAAAAUGUCAAGAACAUAGUACAAAUGUCUUUAAAAGCAAAGGUUUGCACUUUUCUGAUUGGGGAAAACUUUUGUCAAAACAGUUACAGAGCCGUCCAAGACAACAUUGUGAAUAACAUUUCUACUUCGUUGCUGGAAGUAUAAUUUCUUUUGUAUUUGAUGCCUCUGUUAUGCUGUGGGUAAAUGAAAUGUUUCUGCAUUUCUCAGAAUCAGGAAACUUAUUCUAGUCUUUGAUCAUACAGAUGACUGGCCAUGUCCAAUACAAUUAUAUAUGUGUGUGUGAUGUACAGAACAUGGCCAAAAAUAGAAAAAUGAGCUAAAUACUUU